GUCUACCAUAUACAACCCUUUUGGCCAGCAUGGUGCCGGUGCAGUACCUAGCUCAUAUACUGUUACUUUGCGUUUUCUUCCACCACGUCCUUCCACAAGAUGAGGCAAAUCCAUUUCGCUGGUUCCCAACAGAUUCUUUCGAUAUAAUUUCCCAAAAAAUGAACAGAGCAAACCCCGAAAAUUGUAUGACCAUGUCCGAAAGUGAUCUUCGGCUUCCUCCGAAUUCUCUAAGCCAACUGCCCCGGUACAAUCAAAUCUUGUCCCAACAAUGGUUUGCUAACCGUUCGAAACUGUUGCACUUGCACAAUUUGGCUUUGAAUAGAGCGUUUUUCUACAGCUACAUCCAGCAGAGGUUAGAUGGUCCGGUGAUCGAUCCGCCCUUCCUCCCAUCCCUCAUGUAUUAUUAUUUCUCGGCUUCCGCAGACGUCUCGGCUGGGCCAAAUGUAAUAAAUACAAGCUCCUUGCUGAUGGACACCAACACAACUUAUGCGAACUGGUACGGUUUGAAGGUGAUCAAUCAUACACUACCACUGUUUGGACCGACUGCCAGACGAUUGGACAAUUGGAACGAUGAAAUGAAUUUUCUACGUGUUCCUACAAACAAUACGAUUUCGAUUUACGAUAUGGGGGCUGGUCCAAACAGUAACUACACAGCAACGUGGUAUAAAAAUAAUCCAUACAUACGAGAUCGGGAAAUGGGUAUAAAUUUUAUUCCGGAUGAUCGUGGGACAUCACCUAGUAAGAAUCAGUACACCACCAAGAUUCAGCUGGCCACAAUAACCGGGGAACCGAUUGAAGAGCUGGAGACACUCAAAUUCUACGGACCAAAUGCUCCUGGAAUGAAAGAGACAUUCUUACCGGUUCGAUUCACCAGACCCUAUUACGACUGCGGGGCUACCAAUCGUUGGAUUGUCAGCUCAGUAGCAGCGUUGACAGAUUAUAUGCCUCGGUAUUCGAAUGUUACUAGAUUACGAGGUCCACGUAUGGUUGGAAUCAUCGUACAGAGCAUGGACUUCUAUCGGAUCGAUUUCAAUCCGUGCCCUUCUGGACUGGGAAACCCCAAGCACUUGUUUGCCGGUAUCGCUCGGUGCAAACCAACCACUCUGGUGGGUCUCACUUAUUACAGCGUCUAACAAAGAUGACUUAAAUUUGCUACUACG